ACCGCUACAACUAACCCCUAAACAAACACUCAAAUAAUGAAUCGAAUCAAAAUCUGUGAAUGAAUCAAAUCAAAAUCCAUAAAAAAUGGCAACAUACAAGCUGGCUGCAAUCAUCAGAAACCCUGAAAAUAAACAGGAAUUCGUAAUUGUGAAACAAACACCGCCUCCUAAGUACAAUGACAACGAAUACGACUCGCAUGUUGACUCUGACCUCUUUGACUUACCCUCAGCUACCUUAUCCCCAUUUUCAUCGGAGGAAUCAAAUUCAUCACCUCAAUUUACACUUCAAGGUCAAGAAUCGUGUUCACAGAAAAUCGAUUUAAACAAAUUUGACCUUCAUUCUUCUCUCACCCAGGUUUUGGAACAAGUUGGAUUUGGAUCAGUUAAUGAGGUUGAGUGGAAGUUUUUUAAGUUUGUCGACGAACCUAAUUUUGGACCUGGUUAUCCCGUUGAGACUGUUUAUGUUACAGGAGACCUUGUAUCUAGUGUUGGGAUUUUGAAAGAUCAUUGUCAAUGGAGUUGCAAUGAAAGUUGUCUUGAUUUGCUUCUUCAUGUAAAGCCAAAUGGGAAUCGUGUCGGGCCUUUAGUUGUUGAGGGUUUAUUCAAAGACUCAAUAAAAUCUGAUUCAUUGAAAUUGCCCCCAACCUUGUCUUGCCAGGAGUACCCUCCUGGUGUAAACGUUAUGCCUAUGGGAAGCAGAACAGCAAAACCUUAUCGUACGACAAAUUUGAUUGUAUUUGCACCUGGGAAUAAUGAUGUCAGUACCGAGAGUGGUGCUUUUGUUGCUCAGGGUGAUGCCAUGAUAGUAGAUCCGGGUUGUCGAUCUGAGUUCAAUACAGAGCUUGCAGAAAUCAUUGCUGCUUUACCACCUAAGUUAAUUGUCUUUGUCACUCAUCAUCAUCGGGAUCAUGUCGAUGGUCUUUCCACUGUUCAGAAGAGCAAUCCUGAUGCUUGUCUAUUAGUCCACAAAAACACCAUGGGCCGCAUUAGAAAAGAAGAUUGGUCUAAUGGUUAUACGGAAGUUUCUGGAACAGAAGAGAUUUGCAUUGGUGGGGAGAGAUUAAAAAUUAUUUCUGCUCCAGGGCAUACAGAUGGACAUCUGGCAUUGCUUCAUGUUAGCACUAAUUCCUUAAUUGUUGGCGAUCAUUGUGUAGGACAAGGAAGUGCGCUUUUGGAUAUCAAUUCCGGUGGAAAUAUGAGUGAUUAUUUUCAAACCACUUACAAAUUUAUAGACCUUUCACCGAAUGUUUUGAUCUCCAUGCACGGGAGGGUUAAUCUGUGGCCAAAACACAUGCUUUGUGGAUAUCUCAAGAACAGGAGAAAUAGAGAAGAUACCAUAUUAAAAGCCAUUGAAGCAGGUUCAAAUACGUUGUUUGACAUCGUUGCAUGUACAUAUGCUGAUGUUGACCGUGCUCUUUGGGUUCAUGCUGCAUCUAAUGUGAGACUUCAUGUUGACCAUCUUGCACAUCAGAAGAAGUUGCCAAAGGAAUUUUCUGUACAAAAGUUUCAGUCGACCUGCAAGGUGCAUUUCAUCUCUAGAUGGAUGUGGGCAUGCUUCAGAAGUUCUGUCUGCCAAAGUAAUAUCAAUUUAAGAACUGCUAUGCUGAUUGGUGCAGUAACAGCUUCAGGCAUUGCUAUGUGGUAUGCUAUCAAAAACAAUCUUAAUACUAGAUCGAUUUAAGGUAUUAACUGUAGUCAUUUGGUUACGUCCAUCCCAUGUACUGUGUACUUAAUCUGCUAACUCUUCCAAGUUAACGUGAAACAUGAGCAGAGUUAAGAUAUAACGCGCCAUGACUAGGCGUGAAACAAGUGUUCUGUGUAAUCCAUUUGUAGCACUGUAACGUAUGCAUCAAGUGAAAUGGUUAAAGAUAGAACUGUUGUGUGCAAA